CUCAGUAUGCAGUUUGACUUCAGACAAGACGGAGUCGUAAUCAAGAGAUGAGGUACAUACUGUUCUUUUGUCUCUUUCCCCUGAUUUACUGCAAUUCAAUAGACGAUUUGACAGAUCAAUGGAUAAAAGAUGUUAUGAAUAGCCCGCAAACGCAUAAAAGUCGGCGGAGCGGACCUAAUUUGACACCAAGUAGGAAACUUGAUUUGACACCUAAGCGGGAAUCGAACCCGUCACCCGUUAGAAAACCCAAUCUACAACCGAGUGAACAAGUGGGCAGGACUUGUCUGACUAAAAACAAUGACAAUGGAGAAUGUGUCUCGUAUUAUCUGUGUGAUGAAAAUAGCACGAUAAUCGACGAUGGAGCGGACCUUCUUGAUUUGAGAGACGGCAGCAAAGCCUGCAGUCACUAUUUAGAAGUUUGCUGUGAACUCGGCGAUAUAAAAGACAGUGGCGAGAACACAGACUCCGUUGAGGAUUCUAACGAAAAUUCUUUCGAUAGUGCUCCUGCCAUACCAAACCCAACUCCUCCCAACAAACAAACUCCACUAAACAACCCAGUUCCCCAACGUCCCUUCACAUUACCGAACAAUCCUUCAGCUAAACCAUCCACCUUAUCCAGUACUGAUGCGAAUGAUGGUAAAAUAUCUAGAGCUGAAUGUGGCUGGAGUAAUAUAGAAAUGAGCCCAUACAAACCGAAGAAUCCCGCUUUUCGACCCACCGAAAUUACCAGUGCAUUCUAUGGCGAAUAUCCUUUUGUGGUCGCUGUUAUGUUGAGAAGCGAUAGUGACGUUUGGUCGUCGAAAUACUACGUCGGCGGUGGCGCAUUAAUACACUACAGAGUCGUUUUAACAACUGCUCAUGGUAUUGAAAAGCUACAAGCCAAUCAGUUGAAGUGCCGUGCUGGCGAAUAUGACGUGCAAACAGUGAAAGAGCAAUAUCUCCACCAAGAGAGGAAUGUCAAUAAAGUUGUUAUACACGAAGACUAUUAUAGAACUUCGCUAUACAAUGACGUUGCUCUAUUGUUUUUGGAGACGGAGUUCACAGCAGCUGCAAAUAUCGGUGUAGCCUGCCUAGCAUCCGUCUUUCCCCCAGUAGACGAUUGCUACUCCAUGGGCUGGGGCAGAGAUGUGCCAAUCGAUAGACGGGGGAAUUUCGUUGCGAUCCUUAAAAAGGUCCCACUACCUCUUGUAAGCGCAAAAGAUUGUGAAUAUUUGCUUCAGACGAAUUCUCGUCUUGGUCCAUACUUUGAACUCCACAAUUCGCUUACAUGCGCCGGCGGUGAAAGUAUGGUUGACACCUGCACAGGCGACGGUGGCUCCCCACUUGUUUGUGCUGUUGAAACCAGUGGUAUUGAAAAACGAUAUGUGGUGACGGGUCUGGUGGCCUACGGGCUCGGGUGUGGCAAGAUAGGUGUACCUGGAGUCUACGUGAACAUCCCACACUUGUACAACUGGGUGACAAACCAGCUCGACCGGGAACAUGUUGACAAGAAAUUUGUUUUAUAAAAAUAAAUUAGUCCGACUGGUUUCUUUUAAUUUAA